AUGUCGGAAACUAUUAAAGAAAUCAAAUCUAUCGGUGUCCAUGACUUUGAUAAUUGGUUGGAGCCAAAGAAUUUUGUCUACACUCCAAAUCCAUUGAGACCUUUUGACAUUGAUAUCAAGAUCAUUGCUUGCGGUAUAUGUGGUUCAGAUACUCACUGUGCCAAGGGUGACUGGGGAAGACCAUACACUCCAAUCGCCGUUGGUCAUGAGAUUAUUGGUCACAUUAUCAACAUGGGUAACGAAGUGGAUAAAACCAAGUACCAUCUUGGAGAUAGAGUUGGUGUUGGUGCCCAGUGUGAUUCAUGUGGUAAGUGCUGGAGAUGCGAUCACGACGUCGAGAACAGUUGUAAAACGCAGGUUGGUACCUAUGGUACUGUCCGUCCGGAUGGAUCCCAUUCUCAGGGUGGCUACUCGAACUAUGUUCGUGUUAACAAACGGUUUGUCUUCAAGAUUCCUGAUGCAAUAGAAACAAUACAUGCUGCUCCAUUGUUGUGCGGUGGUAUGACUGGUUUAAGACCUUUAAUGACUGCCGGUGUUACUAAGGGUACCAAAGUUGGUGUCAGUGGUAUUGGUGGUAUCGGUCAUAUGACUAUUCUCUUUGCCAAGGCUUUAGGUGCCGAAGUCACUGCCAUUUCGAGAACUGAAAGCAAGAAGGAAACUGCUUUGAAACUUGGUGCUGAUCAUUUCAUUGCCACUUCAGACCCAAAGUUUCCAGAAGAAUAUCUUGAUAGUUUCGAUCUUAUUGUCACCACUGCUUUCAGUUUGAAUGAUGACUAUGUUGAGAAAGCCAUGAGAAUGCUAAGACCUCAUUGCAAGUUGCACUUUAUCAGUGCUCCUCCAACAGGUGAGAAACUAGAACUCGAUCCGAAUUUUUUGCUUUCCAACAGUCUUUCUAUUGGUUCAUCUGCCGCAGGAUCUCAAAGAGAUGUGGAGUAUAUGCUUCAAUUUGCUGCUGACAAGGGUAUUAAGCCUUGGGUAGAAACCAUUGAUAUCAGUGAGGAAAAUAUAGCAAAAGCAUGGAAACGAAUGAAAAAGGGGGAUGUGCACUUCAGGUUUGUUUUGACCGGUUAUGAUAAGUACUUUUCGCAGCAUUAG